CUCACCGUUUAUGCACACAGAAUCUUCGUGACUUGUUCUCUAUCUUCUUCUUCUGCAAUUUCGUAGAUACCUUUCGCUCCAAUCUCAAUGGCUUCCUCUCUUGCUGUGAAGCGCUUCCUCUCCUCUUCCCUCCUCUCCAGGUCUCUUCUUCGUCCCACUGCCUCUGCUUCCCGCUUCUUCAAUACCAACACAAUGAGGAAGUACGACGACCAUGACGAUGACCGCAACCUCGACGUCGAUCGUCGAUCUGAUAGCUCUCUCCCUCGAGCUCCUCGCCGCGAUGAUUUCUUCUCAGGUAAUGUGUUUGAUCCAUUUUCAACAACUCGGAGUCUGAGUCAGGUUCUGAAUAUGAUGGACCAAUUCAUGGAUAAUCCAUUCCUCUCUGCGUCGCGUGGAAUCGGAGCUGGAGCUGGAGUUCGUCGCGGGUGGGAUGCUAGAGAGACAGAGGAUGCUCUGCUUCUCCGCGUGGACAUGCCUGGGCUCGGCAAGGAAGAUGUGAAGAUCUCCGUGGAGCAGAACACUCUCACCAUCAAAGGUGAAGGUGCAAAGGAAAGUGACGACGAGGAAGGGGGUCCUCGUCGCUACACUAGCAGGAUUGACUUGCCAGACAAGCUUUACAAGAUUGAUCAGAUCAAAGCUGAGAUUAAGAACGGUGUGCUCAAGGUCGUUGUUCCUAAAAUGAAGGAGGAGGAGAGGAAUGAUGUGAUCAAUGUCAAGGUUGAUUAAAAUAAGUUUCCUAUGUUAUUUGCAUAUGUAGACUUGAUGGAUCCUUUAAGUAGACAAAGAAAGCUUUAAGGACAUCGUGAGUGAUCAUGCUUAGUUAUGUCUACGUGAUUUUAACUUUUUUUUUUAAAAGGGAUUUCAUGGUUGAAAAUCAAGGAAUGAAUAUGGUGAUAAGUAUAAUAUCUUAAACUGAAUUUUCUGUUCA